CGUUCCUAUCCUUUUCUUUUCCCCCAAAACACCGAGCUCCGGGGAGGACCCGAAUAGCAAUGCCAGCUCGGCGAUCUUGGACAGCACCUCCCACGCCUCCGUCAGCUGGUCCAUGGCCACCGCCUCCACGCACCGGAGCAGGAGGCUGAGCAGCCGCAGACCCCGUGUCUCCGGCCCUUCCUUCGCUGCCGCGGCGGAGUAGAGCCCAAGCAGCUGCUGCCACUCCCCCCGCGCCGGGCGCCCUUCCCAUUAUCCUCUUCGUCGGGGCCUCCGGGGACGCUGGCGCCCGCUUGGCCUUCAUCGCAGCUGCUUCCGGCUGCGGGGACGGGCUGCGCCGGCGGGGAGGGAGCGGCGGGACGGGCCGCGCCGGCAGGGAGGGAGCGCGCGGGGACAAGCCACGUGGGCAGGGAGCGUGCGGACCGCGUGGGAGGAGGGGUUGGUGAGGCGAUGGGGCUUGGCAAAGAUGACUAGCGGGACGCCGCGGAUGGCCAGCGACUGCGUGGGAGGAGGAGAUGGCGAGGUGACAGGACUCGGGAAAGAUGACUAGCGGGGCGCCGCGGAUGGCCAGCGAGAUAGGGAGGAUCUAGAAAUAGAGAGGCUAUUGGAUCUUUUUUACUCCAAUUUAAUUAUUUUUACUUCAAUUUAACAAUUUUUAGUUAUCCAACUCCGUUAUACAGAGCCCGUCGGAGAUGUUGUUACUCGGUUACUCCCCCCGUACAGCUCGCCAGCCAGCCAGCCUCCUCGAGCUCGCUAAAAGCCAGCCCACUCUCUCGUCUCUCUCCCCACUCUCUCUCCACACCCCCCCCCCUCUCCCACGCGCAAGGUACAACACAAGGCAGGCAACGGCACAUCACUUGGUGGAGCAACCAGCCAGUUAGGAAGAGAGAAAGAGGAGCAGAGCAGGAGGAAGAAGAAGAGGGAGGAGAAGGGCGGCAGCCAAGAAGAGGGGCAAGAUGCUGCGCGGCGGCACGAGCGUGCUGGGGAUCGUCAACUUCAUCACCUUCCUGAUCUCGAUCCCCAUCCUGGGCGGCGGCAUCUGGCUGGCGUCCCGGGCCAACUCCACCGACUGCAUCCGCUUCCUGCAGUGGCCCAUCAUCGUCGUGGGGCUCGUCCUCAUGGUCAUCUCCCUCAUGGGCUUCGCCGGCGCCUGCUACCGCCAGACCUGGCUCCUCCGCCUCUACCUCUUCGCCAUGUUCUUCGUCGUCCUCGCGCUCCUCUUCUUCAUCGUCUUCGCCUUCGCCGUCACCGACCGCGGCGACGGCCAGGUCGUCAUGAACCGCCGGUUCCUCGAGUACCAGCUCUCCGACUACAGCGGCUGGCUCCGCGAGCGCGUCGCCGACCCCCAGUACUGGGCCACCAUCAGCGCCUGCCUCCGCGACGGCCACGCCUGUUCCGGCAUGCGGCGAUUGGCGCGCGACCCCAACACCGGCAUGCUCGUGCCGGAGACGCCGGGCAUGUUCUACGUCCGCAACCUCUCCCCCAUUCAGUCUGGAUGCUGCAAACCACCAUCAUCAUGUGGGUUCACCUACAUUAACGAGACAUACUGGACGCCAAACCCCGGUGUCCCGGUGAUCAGCGAUGCAGACUGCAACAGGUGGAGCAACGACCAGCACACGCUCUGCUUCCAGUGUGACUCGUGCAAGGCGGGUGUCCUGGCGGGCAUCAAGAAGAGCUGGCGCAAGGUGGCCAUCCUAAACAUUGUGGUGCUGAUCAUCCUGGUUAUUGUCUACGUUGCUGGCUGCGCUGCGUUCCGCAACGCCAAGAGGAUCGAGAACGACGAGCCGAUCGGCAUGGCGCGGAUGACCAAGUCCCAGCCGAGCAGGUUCCAGUUCUAGGCUACCGUGGCGGGUUCGGAAGCUUUUGCCUUGUACAAAUGACCACACUGGAUGGUGCUACGGCUUGGCCUUUGUUAGAUCUUACUGAAAUGCAGGGUCAACUACAUUUGGGUGGUGAACAGGGAAGGAGUUCGCUUAUCAAAAAGUUGAGUGUGGUUUAAUUUUGUGCUUGCCUUAGUGUUUAGGGUAGGUCUAUUAUGUAUUGGGUGCAAAAAAGAUGGGAUCCGCAAGAAACAAGAGUACUUCACUUAGGAAUGUAUUGUUCUGUAUGGGAGAUUUUUAUGUCGUCUUUCCAAGAAGAAUUUGUCAUCAUCUGCAUUCUAGAAGAUUGUAUGGCAACACUGGAGCUCUCAGUAUGACAGGGUCGCUAAAUCUCAAUGUUUCAGUCGCUUCAGGACCAGGAGCAUAUGUUUUGUGUCAA